AUGAGUGAGCAUCAUCUACCACCACAAAAACACUCAAUAUAACACACAUAGUGUCAGUGUUCACUUCACUCACUAUAGUACUCAAUAGCUAGCUUCAAUAAUAUGGCUGAACACCAACAAUGGUUGUGUGUUUUCUUCUUCUUCUUCUUCCUCUCCUUGCAUGUUGAUGGGACUGUGGAGACUGAAGCGAUGCGUUUAGACACUGGAGGGUUGAGUAGAGAGGCGUUCCCCAAAGGGUUCUUGUUCGGAACGGCAACUUCAGCUUACCAAGUUGAGGGUAUGGCAGAUAAAGAAGGACGUGGCCCUAGCAUUUGGGACGUUUUCAUCAAAAAACCUGGGAUUGUGGCAAAUAAUGGUACCGGAGAAGUUUCAGUUGAUCAGUAUCAUCGCUACAAAGAAGACAUAGAUAUCAUGGCAAAUCUAAACUUUGAUGCCUACCGGUUCUCAAUCUCAUGGUCCAGAAUUUUUCCAAAUGGAACAGGCAAAGUAAAUUGGAAAGGUGUGGCAUACUACAAUAGGUUGAUCAAUUACUUACUAGAACGAGGAAUUACUCCUUAUGCAAAUCUCUACCACUAUGAUCUUCCUUUAGCUCUUGAGUUGAGAUACAAUGGACUAUUGAGCCGCCAAGUUGUGAAAGAUUUUGCGGAUUAUGCAGAAUUCUGUUUCAAGACAUUUGGAGACAGAGUGAAAAACUGGAUGACUUUUAAUGAACCUAGGGUGGUGUCUGCUCUUGGCUAUGAUAAUGGGUUCUUCGCCCCUGGAAGGUGCUCAAAAGAAUAUGGGAAUUGUACAGCUGGAAAUUCAGGCACUGAACCUUACAUUGUAACCCACAAUUUGCUAUUGUCACAUGCUGCUGCUGUUCAAAGAUACAGAGAAAAGUACCAAGAAAAACAAAAGGGAAGGAUUGGGAUUCUCCUGGAUUUUGUUUGGUAUGAGCCUCUUACGCGAUCAAAGGCUGACAACAAUGCAGCUCAAAGAGCCAGAGACUUUCAUGUUGGAUGGUUCAUGCAUCCCCUUGUGUGUGGAGAAUAUCCAAAAACUAUUCAAAACAUUGUUGGUAAUAGACUCCCCAAGUUCACUAAGGAGGAAGUUAAAAUUGUGAAGGGCUCGUUUGAUUUUAUUGGUAUCAACCAAUACACUACUUACUACAUGUAUGAUCCCCAUCAAUCAAAACCUAAGGUGCCAGGCUACCAACAAGAGUGGAAUGCAGGGUUUGCUUAUGCAAAGAAUGGAGUGCCUAUUGGUCCACAAGCAUAUUCAUAUUGGCUGUACAACGUUCCAUGGGGCAUGUACAAAGCUUUAAUGUACAUCAAGGAGCGCUAUGGGAACCCAACUGUGAUCUUAUCAGAAAAUGGCAUGGAUGACCCGGGUAAUAUUACAUUUACCAAAGCUUUGCAUGACACCACAAGAAUAAACUAUUACAAAACAUAUUUGACUCAACUAAAGAAAGCAAGGGAUGAUGGAGCAAAUGUGGUUGGAUAUUUUGCAUGGUCAUUGCUGGAUAACUUCGAGUGGAGAUUGGGGUACACAUCAAGGUUUGGCAUUGUGUAUGUUGAUUUCAAGACCCUUAAGAGAACCCCCAAGAUGUCAGCUUUUUGGUUCAAGAAGCUACUUACCAAGAAGCAGUAAACAACAUAAUGGGCUGAAAAUGUGUUUUCUGAGUUUCUAGGUGUUAACACUGAAUCAUGGUUCAGUGGUUUUGGAUCAAGUUAUGUUUUUUGUGGUUUUGGAUCAGUUGAGGCAUCUCCAAGAUUGUAAUAUAAUCACUUGAAUAAAAAGUCUCACAAUAAAAUCUUUUAUGCCAGUGUUUUCCUUUUCA